CACGAACCCCCAUGUGGGUCGUGGCCAAGGUCAGUCUUUCCUUAGCUUUUCUGCUCUCCCUUUAGCAAAACACGCUGCAACUCUCUCGGGCGACGUAUGGGAUAUACGACUAGGGAUAGUACUUGAAACUCCUCGAAUUCUGCGACGGGCUCCGCUCCUCCAAUUAAAGCACCCCAUGCGAUACAAAAGGACGCAAUUAAUAACACUUUUGGGUCCAGCCGGCAUAUGGUGUGCUUCCCUAACAUUCUUCCCACUGGUGAUAUGAUGUCGAUGCCCUUGGUGCCUGGGUCACCCUUAUACUUAAAGCGACAGACUCACUCAGCUGCCACGGCUAGACUGUCAUCAUGUCAAACAAUACAACCACUCCGUCCCCAGCUAUCACAGUGCCUUCGCCUCCGCCUGGGACCAAUUACAUUGCAAUAAUACAGCCAUCUCUGAAUUCAAUCAUGAUCGGGCACACCUUCACCGUCAUUCUGAUUCCCCUCAUUAUUGCGCUCUUUUAUUUCUCAACUCCACUUUCACGGAGAAGACCCAUAUUCAUUCUCAAUGCCAUAGCGAUUAUUCUGGCAUUCAUUGCCGGGAUCAUGAUUGACAGUCUCGCUAUUCAUUCGAUGUUGUCUCCGUUGGACCCAUGGCCGCCAACAAUGAACAUCGCUAUUGGAAUUAUAGGCGCAUUUCAGUCGAUCCUUGUUGACCUCAUCCUUCUACUUCGUCUUACACUGAUUUACCCCCACACCAUCGUGGGCCCAAAACGUUUCGCCCUCGUUACCGCACUUCCUAUUCUCUUGAAAAUCGCGCGUCUCGUCAACAUGUUCAUAUUCAUUAAAGUCCUUGCAGAUGCUGCGCGUGGUCCAUCAGGGAGUGAGAACCUCGCAGUAGUGUGGGCCACUACACCUUACCUCAAGAUUGAAUGGUCAGCUCAGCUCGUCGAUAAUGCCUAUGCCUCCAUAGCCUUCCUCUGGGCAAUCCGUCUUCGAAGAAUUCAUACAUCAAGCGCUGCAAGUGAAAUAAACCCACGGAAGUCAACGUUUGGACAACGCCUACGUACCCUUUUCUACAUCGCGGUCUCCAACUUCGUCUUCCCUUCUCUCCUGUCACUUGCACAGUUGAUUGUCGUGUACAAAAACGUAUACGUCCUCACAGUCAACGAGAUCGUGCUCGUCAACACCAUGGUCGCUGUCAUCGGUGUCGUGUUCGCCACCGUAUGGGCCGGCUCUGUAAAUUAUCACAACGAGAAAACAGAGCCUGGCGUGCUUGAAAAGGCGCGGGACGUGACGUUUGAUGGACCAGGAACGUGGAAAGUUGCUACAGCCCAGCCUAGUUUGACAAUGGGUUCGACUGCUAUUACUGAACGGACGCGUAGCAUGCGUGGGGAGGCGAUAAGGCUAGUUGACAUGAAUCAAACCUCAGACAUCUUUUUGAAAUCUGCUGCAGGAGAUUCGUGAGGUCAAGGUGCUCUCUAGUCAACUCUAGUCGCACAAAAUAUCUCGCGCGUUCACAUGAGUUGGUGUGCAAAUCGUAGCAAGCAUGUAAAAAACGAAUUGGAGGUGUCAUGGAGUCAAUGUUGUACAUGUGGUCUAGAAGGAGUGAUUCGUUAAUGCAUC